UACGUCGUCGAUUUUGUGCAGUUAGUUUCCAAUUUGUCAAAUCCCUCAACCGCCUCCCUCAACCGCCUCCCGCUCGCCACUCACCGCUCCUCGGUCGGCGAACGUCGUCGUUCGCCGCUGUUCUUCGUCCAUCGUCCUUGAUAGUUGAUAGUGGUUUGCCGUUCGCUUCUGCUAUUUCCCUGCUCGCGGUUCAAGAUUUUAUGUGAGAUUUUCUCACCACUCCUCAGUCUGCGCUACGUUCAUCAUCGUCCUUGCUCGCGGUGCUCUUCGUUCAUCCUCUCUGCUCCCGGUUCCUCGUUCUCUGCUCUUUGUUCAUCAUUCCUGCUCGCUGUUCACCGUCAUUGACAAGGAUGGAUCGGAGAUGGAUUGAUCUAAGAAUUUUGGCAAACAGCGUCCUUUUCUACGAGUUUCACGCGAGGCGUGAGACUGAUCUGGCUAACGCUAAAGGAAUAGAGUUAAACGCCAGCCGGCAGGCACUUGAGGACUUGAAUACGCAGGUUGCUAAUAGCACUGCAACAAGGGAUGCACUGUUAAUAGAACAUCUCCAGAAUCGCGGUGCCCUUACCGAUGAUGAAAUGUUAAGACGAGAGACUAGGACUGAAGCAGCUCUUGAUAUGGUGAAGGCUGCUCAGCAAGCAAAAAAUGUUGAAGUCGACAAGAUGGAUAAGGAAUUCCAGCAGCUCGCUACCAGAAUCAAACACCUUACUGAUCAGAGAAAUAACUCCGAAGCAACUUAUCUUAAAUUGGUGGACGCAUAUCACAACCCCCACUGGGUAACCGUCAUGGAAUCUGCAGAUGUCACUACUCUGAGAAUGUUGCAAGUUAGACGUGCUAGAUUUUCACUGAUGUUCUGUUUGGGAGGAACAGUGAAGACAUGGGGGAUUAAGUCAAUUAAAGACCUGGCUGAGGAAAUAGGAGCAGGCACCGUUGGGCCGAGAGAACUGUUUCACUUGGAGAAUGGGAAGUUCUCUAAAGUACCCAGAGAAAGGUAUUUCCACUUGGGAUUUUCGAGCAUUGAAGUUGUGGCAGCUAAUGGAAAUGCCGCGUAAAUGGAGACGAACACCGAGAAGAGUCGUGAAGUCAGCUUUUUGAUUAGCGAAGAGUAUGGGUCUGAGAAAUAUUUCUGUCAUAUUAAAACUUGUUGUGUACAUUAAAACUUGUUGUGGUUCGUAUAUUGUGCUGGAAACUUAGUAAUGACGGUAUGGUAGGUCCGUAUAUCUUUUAGUGAGGGAGAUGGUUUCGAUAUUUCUUUGGUUGAUAUAUGUUGAAACCUGGUUUCGAUAUUUCUUUGGUUGAUAUAUGUUGAAAUCUUAGCAAAUUCAGAUGGUUUCGAUAUUUCUUUGCUUUAUUGAAUUAUUUUCUUUUUUCUUUUUUAA